UAAGGGUGCCGUAGCCAGAAUCAUGCUGUGUGUUUAUGCGCCUCGCAGGCCAUUUUGGAGUUCCAGAUAAGUCAAAACUGUGUGCUGCACACGAAUUGCUGAUGAGCUCAGUCCAGUGCAGUGUAUCUGUACCGACCUUAAGUUGUAUAAAGAUGAAAACAAAUUUCUUUUUCAAACUGAGAAGGUUCUCGCUUCUCUCGCCCGCCCCCCAGCUCUCCACAUGGGCUGAAUGUUUACCAGCAAUGCUUUCUGGGACUGGAAGUCUGUGAUUAUGACAACCAGGGUAAACAAUGUGGAAACUGCCGCUGAACAGUGGACUUCCGUUUCUGUAAAUUACAAGGAAAUCGGGCCAUGGCGUUCUCCGAGAAGGAAUAUUUUGAGAAAACCGGGAAUAUGCAACAAAAGCUACACGAAAGUGAAAAAAAGAGAUUGGAGCUAGAAAAGCAGCUAUUUGCAUAUAGCAGAUCUGAUGAGCGAAUUAACCAGAUAAAAAGCGCUCAACUCCACUGCUACCUGAAGCAGAUAUGUGAGAGAGAGAAACGGGCUCGAAUUAGAAACCGUGAGUUCCUGAAGGAUUUUGAUCGCAUUGAAUCACACAUAAGGAUAAUGGCUACUCAUAACAACACUCUCCAUCAAACAAAGGUGGCAUAUGAGAAUCGGAUUCAGAAACGAUCAUCGUUUUGGAAAAAUGACACUGAGUUAAGGGAGCAGAAAGGAGCACGUACAGACCAGGGAAAGCAGUUGCCUGGACCCUCGUUAGCUUGUCUUGGUACAGACCUCGCUGAAGGACUUUACCAGCCUGCAACCAUCUUUAUGGGGCGCCAGAGCUGCAGCUUUUCAAGCAGUGCAAGCAAGCCCUUCCAGCCAAUGGAGCAUUUUCACAGUCCUCCUCUGCCUUCACCUGAGGAGAAGGAAAAGCACAUUUCAGCUAAGAAGAAUGAAGCAGCUCUUAAAACGAGGAGAGGAAGCAGUACAACAGAAAACUCCAGAUCAUCUGAAUGUAGUGCCCGAAUAAAUUCACCUGAAUAUAGGGCAGUGUUCCAAUCUGGUAUCAGCACUGCAGUUGAAGGGAGAUGUACUAAUAUCAUUCCUGAAGAAAUGCAUAGAAAUGAACCUCCACUAAGUUCAACAAGUCCUUCUCCUAUUAUCCUUUCCAGAAGUGGAUCUUCAUUGAACAUGCACAAUGACCCAGCUCUGGAACAAAAACAGAAAAGUAUUCCUCACAGCCAAAACCAUAGUAUCCUACACAAUGUAGACGACAACACUGCAGACACCACCAGUGAUCUUACUAUUUCACUGAGCGAGGAUGAAGAGCAAGAGGGACCACCUGAAGAUGAGGGCCACAUGGCUCUCCUGGGAGAGAAGGCUGGCACCCCUGAAAGCGCUGAGCUCACUCGCUGCAAUAAAGAACCUUCACUAGUGCCUCAGCAAAGAGGCAGCACCAGCCUUGUACAAGCCUCUGAUCAACAGGAUGCAGCCGACACAUCUUUGACAAAUUUAACUGCGGAAGAGAGUUGUCUGUCAGUUGAAGAAUUCUUCCAUUUACUGAAAAGUAUUGAAAGAAGAUUGAAUCAAACCAACUUAGGCAGCUUUGAGCUAUAUCAAUCCUCGACUGUAAGCAAAAGAAAGCUUAAUGAUAUCAUAAGCCUUUGUCAUCGUAAGGGUAGCUUGAGUGGAGAGGACCUCGAAGCCUGUGGCGCAGUCGUCCUUCAUCAGCUUCAGAAGUUGUCACGGAGCACGUCAAAAGGGUGUUUAUUACCCGAGGAGAUACUCGGCAACAACUGGACUGAUGUGGAUGAAAGCAAAUUAAGAUCUUGUCUGCCUUCAGAUUCUGUGAUAUUGUGGGACUGUUUGUAUAAGCAUGCUGUUAUAUUGGAAGAUCUCCACAUACUCGCUAGAGAUGAGAUUUCAGAAAUCUUUGCACCUUUAUUAGUGGCUGAAAACUCUAAAAAUAUCAACAAGGCCACAGCAUUGCUAAAGGCAAUCCUUCCAGAAGCGGCUGAAGGAAGCCUUUCUAUUCAGAGUAAUGAAUCAUCUUGCAGCCUGCCAUCAAUCCUCAAUGACAGUGGUGAAAUAAAACAAGCAAAACCUGCACAAUGGCUGUACAGUACUGUCCUUGGGAAACAAGGACUGCAAAGUGGUGAAGAGGAUGACAAGGAAGAGAGCUUGGCAGAAAGUGUUCCAAUUAGAGAGAUGAAAGCAUAUCAGCUGCUUAAACAGUCUGCGGUGCAGCAGAGAGGACAGCAUUCUGAAGAGGAAGACGAUGUUUCUGAACUGGAGCUGUCAGGAAUAAAAAAUGAAAGAAACAUGUCUGCUGGUAAAGAAGAAAAUCUUGAUUCAAAAACAAGUACAUCCUUAAGUCAAGAAAGUCCCCAGUCAAGGAACAAAGGCUUGAAGAGAAUGGUUUCAACUGUAAAAUCUAAGGCAUUUUGGGGUGAGUCUGACGACAGCAACUCUGACAUUGAAGCUGUUCUGCGCCCUCAAACUCACAGCACAUAUAAUGAUGAUUUUGAUGAUUUUUAUGACUAACAUUGACUCAAGUCUCAUGAGAAGAAAGAUGGUUUAGUUUUGGGUCUGGAAAUUACAAAGGGAUAUAUUUAUUCAGAUUACAAUUUUAAUGAAUUCUUUGUGAAUUUCAAAUGCAAAUUACUGUAACAUUUUACAUGUUUUAAUUAAUUAAAUGCACGAUUCUGGUUUCCCUUUUUAUCUGCAAUACAGAAACCAUCCCUGGCACAUUGAAUACAUAUUGUUGUCUUUGUCAUUAAUAGCUAUGAUUUGUUAUUUUAUUUAUUUCUACUAUGUACUUAUUGCACCUGAAAUGUAAGCCUUCCAUCAAAAAAGCAUCCAGAUGUAAGAAAUGAAAAACACCCUAUAAUACCAGGUGAUAAGUUUAAUAACAUGGUGUUUCAAUGUAGCCCUCUCAAUGGAUUAGUAUGUUUUUUAUGUGGUUUAAUGUUUUUCAGUUCACAAUGAUAAAGACAUUUUAUAAAUGCAUACUGUACAGCUAAUUAAACUGAAAUUAUGUUAUAAACCAAUGCAGGCCUUCACAGGGUCCUCAUAAUCCCUUAACAAGCGCAAGGUUAUAGUGAAAUACA